AUGUGUGAUUUUCCACCUGAGAAGAAUCUCACUUUCGAUGGAGAAGUGGAAAUCGACAUGGUGGUAGACGAGCCAACCAGUAGUAUUGUGCUCAGUGCGAAGGAUAUCACUGUGGUAAAAGAGAAUUGCGAGGUUCUUUCGGGAAAUCAAAGACUUAAAAUUGAAGAUAUGCUGGAGCAUGAAAAACUUGAUAAACUGGAGUUUGUUCUGGAGAAGCAACUAGAGAAGAAUCAAAAAAUUCUUCUCAAGAUAAAAUACACCGGUCUCAUCAGCAACACUCUGGGCGGACUAUAUCAAUCAACCUAUGAUGAUGCAAAUGGAAAGACUAAAAUUGCUGCAGUUACUGAUAUGGAGCCAGUUGACGCUCGCAAAAUGGUGCCAUGCCUAGAUGAACCGAUUUUCAAGGCGAAUUGGACAGUAACAAUAAUUCAUCCGAAGGUACAAAGGCCAUAUCGAAUGGCAAAGAAGCGAAUGGAGACGGGUUAG